CUCACAGGAAGCACACGGAGAGCUGCUGCAACAUGGCCUGCGCCGGCUCCAGCUCGAACAAGAGCGGGAGGAAAAGUCGAAGGCCACAGUGACCGACGCGAGCGACGGCAGGGCGGAUACAAAUCCAUCCAUCCGGGGCGCGAACGGGCAGCCCAUCCACGAUUUGACCGAGCCCGUGGUGGCCCCCUCAGGCUCAGGAGCAGACAGGCUGACGUUGGCCGCGCGCUCCCACAUCCACGAAGGUUACGGCUUCCGCCCGACUUCGGGCGCCUCCACGCCCCUCACCACGGCCUCUCACGACGGGACGGGAAUGGCCAGUCCUCUGCCCGACCCUAACGGUCUGGGUUGGCCAGCGAAGUCGACCGUCAACCGUCUCAACGCUACCCCGGCCGAACGCGCCCUGCGGGAGAAAAAGCUUGCCGGCGCUGUUCGGACGAUACUCGAAUGUAUAGGAGAAGAUCCCGACCGCGAGGGUUUACUUCGGACGCCCGAUCGCUACGCGCAGGCGUUGAUGUGGAUGACCAAAGGGUAUGAAGAACGAUUAGCAGACGUGAUCAACGAUGCUAUAUUCGCUGAGAACCACGACGAGAUGGUGCUCGUCCGCGAAAUCGACAUAUCGAGUUUGUGCGAGCAUCACCUCGUCCCAUUCACGGGCAAAGUCGCCAUCGCGUAUAUACCCAACCAACUUGUUCUGGGCAUCUCCAAGUUGGCCCGCAUAGCCGAGACCUUCAGUCGUCGCCUGCAGGUGCAAGAAAGGCUCACGAAGCAGAUCGCGUUAUGUGUCCAAGAGGCCAUCAAGCCCCGAGGGGUGGCGGUCGUGAUGGAAGCGACGCACAUGUGCAUGACCAUGCGCGGCGUACAAAAACCAGGGGCGAUCACCACAACGUCCUGCAUGCUAGGCUGCUUCCGCACGCAGCAGAAGACACGGGAGGAAUUCCUCACGCUCAUCAAAUCACGAUGAUCGUCCCUGCCUCGGAAGGUACCAUAACACCAGAAGACGUGCGCCCUGCUUUCCCCGCAUUUCACUACAUGAAUCCGCAACGAUUCAACUCGGAGAUCUAAAACUUAUUACCUGUAUCGUUAUGUUCAACACACCGCACUGUACUAUUUCUCACCCCACCACUGCCGCACGUUCUGAUCAAACCCAAUGAUAAGCAGAAGGAUACAAAUGUGUAAUGCAAUACAAAUCGCUAUGCGAUUGCUCGAGACGAGGAUUCAUCGUGGAUGUUCCGAACGGGAGUCAUUAAUUC